AUGCCGCGACCACCUGCACGCAGGAAUCGCGCAGUGCAACAGGCACCACCUGUAGCGUCUACAAAAAAUGCAGAGAAGCCUACCGAAAAAAGCGACCUUUCAGAUACACGAGCCGAUUCAACCGCCGAAGGCCGUUCAAGACAAACCCGUGCCACUACUCCACAACACUCCUCUUCCAUACACCAACAACUGUCCGUGCGGUCAGUCAAGACGCCCAAGCAGAACAACUCGUACGAUAAUAAUGCUAUUGCCUCGUCGCCAGAAGGGCGCUCGGAGACGGGGAGUCGGCCGGCAACGACGACGAGAGCGCGAGGGUAUUCGUCCACAUUGUCCUUGGUGGGACGCAAAGGCGAUUUCAGUUCGCGCAUUGGCAGCACACCUGGUUUCGAGGGCUCUGUCAUGAGCAAUUUCAGACGCCGACCUAGACAGCCAAGUCUGCUCCAGAUGAUGCAAGCGGAUAAUUCGUCGGACAUGGACGACGACGACGAUUUUCUGGGCGGGUUGAGCCCGGAUGAUGAAUCGACGCCAUUGAAAACUACUACCAUCACGAAGCCAUCGCAUCCAAACAUUCAAAUCGAGGUUGUUAUGUCUCCACCGAGGGAAUCAACCCUGUUAUCAUCUGGGUCAAGCGACUCUCGCAAGAGGAAGCGCCCGUCGCAGCCCUUGGAUGAAAACGACAACCCUCCAUCUGCAGCAACCAGCGUCACUUCAAGCCCUCUUUCGAACCCUCCCUCCGACCUUCCUUCUAGUCUCCCUCCUAGUCCGAUGCGCACACCAAGAGCUCGCCCAGCCGUGGAUCCUUUCCGAGUAUCAGCUACUCCAAUGAGCACACCGGGCAGCACUCAACUAUCGCACGAUGAACAAACAACAGGGCCCAAGAAAGCGGGAGAAAGUCUGCAUCUCAGCUUGAUGAAGGGUUCUGUUCCGAAAAUCGCAACAUCCACCUUGCAGUCUAGAUUCCUGCCCCGUCGCCGGGUCCGUCGACGACAACGCAUCGCUGACGGUGGCUACGAAGAAGCAGAAGAAGAAGACUUGGAAUCACUACCUGGUGAUUCCGACGACGAUGAGUUGACCAGAGUUGUAUCACAACGCUCACAGGAUAAUAGCUUGUCGGAUAUAACCUCACAAUAUGCGAAUACAAAGACACGAAGGACGCGGCAAUCGGAAAAGACUCACAAAUCAGACAAACGUCCAAAAGGAACAUCAUCACGGAAUACUUCUAGUCCACAGAAAAAGAAGCGCACAUACUCUCGCCUUACCGACAAGGAGAAUACUUCUGAAUGGUCGUCUGAGGCCUCUUCUCCGCCACCGUCGGACGACCUUGAAUUGUCGGAACGAGGGACCCCCAUACGGAAUUCAGGUCAACGAAUAUCCAGUCGCGAGCUGGAACUGCAAGCACUCAAGUUUGUAGAGCUAACUAUGGCGCCCACCGUUGACGAGGUGCUGGCGGGAAAAUACCCAGCCAAGGCCCACGCCCGCAAAGUCGCGGCGUAUCUGCGAGACCAGGGACUGCAGACUGACGGAGUCAUCUACCUGGAAAGCCAGAAGACAAAGCUGUUCGAGGACAAUGACACUGAUCAACCUUUCCGGCGAGUUUUUUCCCUUUGUAUUCGAUUAGCUGAGCUAACCUGGUACAGACAACGCCGUUUCUUCUUCUACCUCUCUGGAUGCCUGCUUCCAGAUUCUCUGUUGACAUACCACAUCAGCUCGGACAAGCUGACGCUCUACAUUCCUCCGCUGGACCCCGAGUCGGUCAUCUGGUCUGGCCUUCCCGUGUCUCCUGAAGAUGCCCUCAAGGCUUAUGAUGUUGAUCAAGUUCUGGUAACAAGCGAGAUCAACCCUACGCUGGCCCACCUGGGAACCCAGGUUGGACAGGAUGGCACCGUAUUCUCCAUCCAGGGACAGAUUUCAGACGAAACAAGUCUGGUACCAUUCCCCAAAACCGAUGUCAAGGCUGUCAAGACCGCCAUUGAAGAGUGCCGUGUGGUCAAGGAUGCGUAUGAAGUCGCAAUGAUUCGCAAGGCAAACGACGUUACUGCAAAGGCGCAUAUUGCGGUUUACAAAGCCGCCAAAUCGGCCACAAACGAACGGGAGCUCGCAGCUGCAUUCAUCGGGACUUGCAUUGCCCAUGGGUGCCCCCAAAUGGCUUACCCUCCUAUUGUUGCCAGCGGCACAAGCAGUGCUACUCUUCACUACGUCAGAAAUGAUGAUAGCCUGUACGACCCUGCCACAAAGGAGAGAAAGCUGAAUCUGCUUCUUGAUGCCGGCGGUGAAUACAGGACUUACGCCGCAGACGUGACACGCAGUGUUCCGCUCUCAGGCACAUUCUCGCCCGAGUCGCGAAGCAUCUAUGACAUUGUGCUGCAGAUGCAGCUUGAGACUUUGGCAAUGAUCAAGGAGGGUGUUCUCUGGGAAGAUGUCCAUAUUAAGGCGCAUCGUAUUGCUAUCAAGGGACUGUUGAAACUUGGCGUCCUACAAGGCACAGAGGAAGAAUUGUUUCAGAAGCGGAUCAGCGUGGCCUUUUUCCCCCACGGGCUUGGUCACUAUCUUGGAAUGGAUACUCAUGACACUGGUGGUCAUGCAAACUACGAAGACAAGGACAGCAUGUUCAAGGCCCUGCGCGUUAGGGGUACACUUCCCGCCGGAAGUGUGAUUACUGUUGAGCCGGGAGUUUACUUUUGCCGCUUUAUUAUCCAGCCGUAUCUGGACUCACCCGAGCUUUCUCAAUACAUCAACCAGGCUGCUUUGGAGAAAUACUGGACUGUUGGGGGUGUUCGUAUUGAAGACAAUAUCCAUGUUACCAAGGAUGGCUACGAGAACCUCACAACGGCGCCUAAAUCGCUUGAUGAGAUCGAGCUUCUGGCCAAUGGACCAUAG